CCGCCUAGUUCAGACAACAUGGCGGCGCCCGGGACUCUGUCACGCUGGCUGUCGAACGGCUCACAAAAUUGAUCUUUUUAGCAAAUAAAUCGGUUUAUAUCGGGGAGGGUUAUGGAUUUCAUUUAACCCGCGAAGUCACCGUCAGGUGAGGAGUUCACCAUGUUGCCACCAGCGGUCGUCAGCAUCGCAUCAGCCUCCUCCAGGGGGAAGGUCAGCUCUGCGGUCUCCCUGUGCCGGAGACUGUCCCCCGGCCGGCGCGGCUCCUCGGACGCUACUCGCCGCCCGCCGCCGGAAACCUCCGCUCCUCCGUCGGACAGAGAUCCGGCCGCGGUGCGGGAGCGGAGCGCGGGUCGCCGGAAGGACCCCAGCGGCUGCUCCGUGUUCCUCUUCCCCGGGCAGGGCAGCCAGUUUGUGGGCAUGGGCAGGGGGCUCCUGAAGUACCCCAACGUCAAGGACAUGUUCGCGGCCGCCCAGGGCAUCCUGGGCUACGACCUGCUGUCCCUGUGCCUGGAGGGGCCCGAGGAGGAGCUGGCGAAGACGGUCCACUGUCAGCCGGCGGUGUUCGUCACCUCGCUGGCCGCGGUGGAGAGGCUCAACAUCGAGAACCCGAAGGCUAUUGAGACGUGCGUCGCCGCUGCAGGAUUCAGUGUUGGAGAAUUUGCCGCUCUGGUCUUUUCUGGUGCCAUGGACUUUGCAGAGGCUCUGUACGUGGUCAAGGUGCGCGCGGAGGCCAUGCAGAAAGCAUCAGAGCUGGUCCCCGGUGGGAUGCUGUCGGUCGUCGGCAGACGUCUGGCGCAGUAUAAAUAUGCUUGUCUGCAGGCUAAGGAGCACUGCAAGAGCGUGGGCGUCAAGGAGCCCGUGUGCUCCGUGGCCAACUAUCUGUUCCCUGACGGCAGGGUCAUCGCAGGACACCAACAGGCUCUGGAUUUCCUACAGCAGAACUCGAGGCGUCUCCAGUUCAUGAGGACCAAACCUCUCCCGGUCAGCGGAGCUUUUCAUACGGAGCUGAUGGCGUCGGCCGCUGAACCCCUCCGAGAGGUUCUCAGACAGGUGGAGGUGCGGCGUCCCGAGAUCAACGUGUACUCCAACGUCGACGGCAAGCGCUACAUGAACGAGAGUCAUGUGCGCCGGCAGCUGGUGAAGCAGCUGGUGUCGCCCGUGAAGUGGGAGCAGACCCUGCACGAGGUCUACGAGCGGACGCAGGGAGAGCGGUUCCCUCACACCUACGAGGUCGGGCCAGGCAAGCAGCUCGGCGCCACGCUGCAGAAGUGCAACAUGAAGGCCUUCAAGACGUACACACAAGUGCAGGUCACCACCUACGAGGACUGAAGCGUGGACUCAGUAAAAUAAUGGGCCUCUGUCCUGACCAGCUAAACCUGCUAAGCUCCUGUGGUUGCUUCUUAAGGGUCUUGUUUGUUUAUUACUCUGUAAUUAAAUUGAUAAUUUUUUUUAUUAAAGAGACUGCAACAUUUA